AUGGUGGACCGCGAACCCGAUGAGAACCCGAUAAUUGACGGUGGGAAAGCUAAUGCCAACCUGGACUACUUGGGGGCCAAGCCCCGCGCCAACGCUCCAAAGGGCUUCCCACUCUCAAUGAGAGCAAGCUAUGCUACACUUCUUCCUAGUCAAUAUGCUGGGCUGCCUCACCAAUACAUGUACCCGUCCACCUAUUUGCCGACACUAGGCCUGAUCUUCCCUCACAGCCGUCCCCAUCCCCCGUCACUUUUUAUGAUUACGCCCCGGCCUAUGCUCAGGGACCCCAGGGGGUCGUACAGGUGCUACAGGAGCCGAACUGGCCUGCCCAUUCCCGGCCAGUCCCUCUGCAGCUAUGGCCGCUGCACCCAGUGCUCCCAAGGUGCUGCCACAGCUGCGGCUGUAUACUACACGUUGCCCCAGCCUCUGGCCACAACGGGAGCUACUAGCAGUCUUGCUGGAGCCCCACCACCCUAUGGUGCUCAAGCGCAAGACACCAGGCUACAAUGA